AUGCAUUCAUACAACCCACUCAAAAAAGCAGAUAUAAUUGCUGAGAUCGUCAAAAAGCUCCCAUUAGAAGCCCUUGAUAAAUUCUACUGGAUAAAUAGUACUUGGUAUGAAGAAAUCAAGCAUGAGUUUCGGCAAAGAUGGAAGGUACAAGUGCUAGAAUACUAUAAAUUGAGACUUAAAGAAGAGAAACUGGAAUAUCCCUAUAAUUUGGAUGUAGAAACAAAGGAAUUUAUUGAAAGGAAAACCGAAAUAGCUAAAAAACAGGUAGAGAUCGAAAGAUAUAUGCUUCAUAAUGGAAUGCUCGAAGAACAGAAAAAAGAAAUAGUCAAAUAUAAUAUUCGACAAAUAGCUAAAAAUGUUGUCCCAUGGUGGGAUUAUCUGACAAAUAGUCAUAAGAGUGGAAGACUCUGGCCAGUCUAA